AAGGUCAUCCUGUCUGAUCUGUUCAAACCGAAUAAAGCGUCGACGAGACGAGCAAUUUGGCAGCCUAGCAGAUCAAAACGCUUGUACGUUUAUUAAUUCUCUCUAAAAUCUUUGUUCUCACUCUCUGAUCCAAAUCUCUCCCACAACAAGCACACACAAGCCGGGGAGUCAAUAUGCUGGGAGUUAUAAGGCAAAGAGUGGCUUGCAGAGGCAUUCCUACUCGGAAUUUUGAGCGAGGAAUACGAGUAGUUGCGUCCCGGUCUUUAUCUUCCACAGCAAAAGAGAUGACUGUCCGUGAGGCUUUAAAUUCAGCACUUGAUGAAGAAAUGUCUGCUGACCCCAAAGUCUUUUUAAUGGGUGAAGAGGUUGGUGAGUAUCAGGGUGCAUACAAGAUUUCCAAAGGGCUUUUGGAGAAGUAUGGUCCCGACAGAGUUCUGGAUACGCCCAUUACUGAGGUUUCUCUUUGUCUUUUACUUAUUAAUUGUUCUAUUUGUGUUUGUAAUAUUUUCCAUAGUCUAUCGUUUUAUAUGUUGCAGGCUGGAUUUACUGGAAUUGGAGUUGGUGCAGCUUACUAUGGUCUGAAGCCCGUAAUUGAGUUCAUGACUUUUAACUUCUCUAUGCAGGCCAUUGACCACAUUAUUAACUCUGCUGCAAAAUCAAAUUACAUGUCAGCUGGUCAGAUAUCAGUGCCUAUUGUUUUCAGAGGUCCAAAUGGUGCUGCUGCUGGUGUUGGGGCACAACAUUCACAGUGCUAUGCAGCAUGGUAUGGUUCAUGCCCAGGAUUAAAAGUACUGGCUCCAUAUUCAUCAGAGGAUGCUCGUGGCCUGCUGAAAGCUGCUAUAAGGGAUCCAGAUCCUGUUGUUUUCCUUGAAAAUGAAUUGCUAUAUGGUGAAUCCUUCCCUGUUUCUGCUGAAACUCUCGAUUCCAGUUUUUGUCUUCCAAUUGGGAAAGCUAAGGUAGAGCGUGCUGGGAAGGAUGUGACAAUCACUGCUUUCUCAAAAAUGGUUGGCUAUACUCUUCAGGCUGCCGACAUUCUUGCAAAGGAAGGAAUUAGUGCUGAGGUGAUUAAUCUUCGCUCGAUUCGCCCACUUGACAGAGCCACAAUAAAUGCUUCUGUCAGGAAAACAAAUAGGCUUGUGACUGUUGAAGAAGGAUUCCCUCAACAUGGUGUUGGUGCCGAGAUCUGCGCAUCUGUUCUUGAAGAUAGCUUUGAGUACCUUGAUGCUCCCGUUGAGAGGAUUGCCGGAGCAGAUGUUCCCAUGCCCUAUGCUGCAAAUCUUGAGAGAAUUGCUGUCCCACAGGUCGAGGACAUUGUUCGAGCAGCAAAGAGGUCUUGCUACAGAUCAAGUUCAUUGGCCGCAACUGCUUAAAAUUUACAAGGGACACAAGGUUUUUGUUGUCGGUUCUAGAUUUUUCUUUACACAGCUGGGUGGGUUGUUGCCUUUGCCUUCUGUGGUUAAGAAGUCCACAUUUGCUUCAAAUAAAAAACAUUGAGGGCUUACAAGUUUCUAAAAUUUAUUUUUAAUGUUGUCACAGUUGAAGAAGAUUCUGUAACAAAACCAACGAAGCCCAGUGAAGAAAAAGCUGGAAAGCCAUUGUUAUCCUAGUUUAGUUUGCAAACUUUGUUAAUUUUUUUUUUUUUUUUUUUUUUUCCGGUUUUGGUUGCAUAUUGACCACAUUCAUUAAGUGUGCAGUGUCAUCUUUUAUCCAGAACUCGAUUACAUGAGGCAGGAACUAUCUACGUAUCGAGUCGAGUUCUUCAUAGUCAGCUCCGACUUGAUACUCCUCUUGUUGAACUUAUGCGUUUGCCGGUGAUUUCUUUCAUAUUUUUACCGGCGAAUUAUUUUAUAAUAAAGUUCUAUUAGUGCC